AUGAGCAGUGCCGGCAUGGAGUGCUCGGGGAGCGACGGCGGCGGCAUGGUGGCGCCGUUCGUGGGCAAGACGUACAUGAUGGUGGACGAGCCGGAGACCGACGCCUUGGUGGCGUGGGGGCCGGCCAGCAACAGCUUCGUCGUCGCCGACCCCUUCGCCUUCUCAGAGAUGCUGCUCCCGGCCCACUUCAAGCACUCCAACUUCUCCAGCUUCGUCCGGCAGCUCAACACCUACGGCUUCCGCAAGGUCGACCCGGACCGGUGGGAGUUUGCCCACGCCUCCUUCCUCCGCGGCCAGACACACCUCUUGCCCCGCAUCGUCCGGCGCCGGAGCACUACCCGUCCUUCCAAGGACGACAACGAGGGGGAGGAUGAGGACACCAGCAGCACCAUGCUAGCCAUGGAGGUGGUCCGGCUGAAGCAGGAGCAGAGAGCCACCGAGGACCGCUUGGCGACGAUGUGGCGCCGGGUGCAGGACGCCGAGCGCCAGCCCAAGCUGAUGCUCGCCUUCCUCGUCAAGGUCGUCCGAGACCCAGACGUGCUGCGCCGCCUCGUAGGCAACUCGAGUACCGACGCCGGAUUAUUCCCCGGCGAGGGCGCGGAGACCAAGAAGCCGCGGCUGCUCCUAAACGGGGAAGUCCAGAUGCAGGACGCCUUCGUGGGGGAACCCGCGGUCGACUUCACUGGGGUGUUUUUGUUUUUUUGGCCGACGUGGUAG